AUGGAAUCUACAUCAAAUGAUGCUUAUAAAACUUUAUUGAAAGAAGUAAAGUAUAAUAAGGGAGAACUGAAAGAUAGAUCUAGAAAAAGGCGUAAGAAAGCUAAGCUUGAAGGUAAACAUCGCGUAGAUAGUGAUCAUGUUUGGACUGAUAACGGUGAUAUAGAUAAUAUAAAACACGAAGGAACAAAAAGUAAAUUUAUAGCCAAAAGGGACUCGUCUGGUUCUGAGGACGUUUCAGAGCAUUCUGAAGAAAGCUUUGAUUCCGAUGAAUUUGAAGAUGUCGAUCUAAGUGGAGAUGGGGGAGAAGGAACAGAAAACGACAUUACAAGUACUAGUCAGCCGGAUUACAGUGGAAGCAACAAUGAAGAAACAUUGACCUUCACACUUGAUCAAGGAACUAAUGAACAAGUUCAGAAGAAGGCUCGCUUUGUGCCGAUUUCUAAGGAGGAAAGAGAUUAUAGAAAGUUGAUACAUCAGAUGUACUUGGUUGCGAUGAUUAUACAUGGCGCAAUUCGAAAUAAAUGGUGCAACGAUUAUCAGCUUUUGAUGUCACUUAAAAGCAAAAUUCCAAUUCAGUGCAUGGAUAUACUUGAAGCAAGCCAUAAGCCAAACGUUAUCGACUCAGUUAAGUCGAGAAAGUUCCUCGAUGCUUUACAACUGUUAAUGUUAUUUUACUCACAUAGCUUCAGAAUUACCUCGAAAGGAUUGAUACGAAAGGAUUGGGAUGAACUCUCCACAGUUCAACCAAAAGCAGAGUCAAAGGUGCUGUUUGAAAAUUUCAAAUCUCAAGUGACACAUUUCAGAGGUUCGAGAGACUUGGGUGCUCAAGGAUUCGUAAGCUUACUUAGGUCGCUUGGACUCAAUGCGAGGCUCAUUUUCUCCUUGCAACCACCAGAUUACACUUCAAUAAGACCUACUGAAUCCCAUUCUACCAAGGUUCAUAAGAAACCUCUGAAACAAAAUGACCUAAUUCAAAGGUUUCGCUCUCUGAAUAGUAAAGCCAAGAUUCUCAACAUGCUAAGACUGAAAUCUGCAACAGUUAGUACCAAUGAUGAAGAUCAGAUGUUUGAAGAUGCUCCUUAUCCAAUUUUUUGGGCCGAAGUCUGGAAUCGAUAUUCUAAAAAGUGGGUCAGCGUUGAUCCAAUUGUUCUAAGGGUUAUUGAGAUUCCCCCAAUGAGAAGAAAAUCAAAAUUCGAGCCGCCACUAUCAGAACCGAGGAACCAGCUAUUAUAUGCUAUUGCAUUUGACAGGCUAGGUGGAGUUAAAGAUGUUACAAGGAGAUACAGCCAGUUUUAUAAUGCAAAAACAGUUAAAAAGAGAAUAAGUUUUAAACCAGAAUAUGAGCAUUGGUACAAUCGUGUCAUAAAAGCAGCCAACAGCUCUUUGAGAAGACCCAACAGGUUGGAUGUCUUUGAGAUGAAGGAGUUUCACGAAAGAGACUUAGCAGAGGGAAUGCCAAAUAACUUGUCAGAUUUCAAAAAUCAUCCCUUGUAUGCUUUAGAGUCCCAACUAAAGCAAAACGAAGUGAUAUAUCCAAAGGAUGAUUCUAGUAGAGUAGGUACAUUUCGAUCUAAAACGACUAAAGCAUCGGACGUGAUACCAGUUUACAAGCGCUCUCGUGUACACACUCUUCGAUCAGCCAAGGCGUGGUAUCUUCGUGGAAGAGUUCUCAAAGUUGGUGCGCAACCUCUUAAAAUAAGGAUAAGAAAGAGCAAUGCAGAUGACAAUGAAAGCGAAGGCAAUGAUGACGACGAAUCCGAAAGACUUUAUGCAGAUUUCCAAACUAAAAUGUAUAUCCCACCGCCCAUAAUAGAUGGAAAGAUCCCCAAAAAUGUCUACGGAACGAUAGACAUCUACACACCUACAAUGAUUCCUAAAAAUGGCUAUUUGAUUGAUACCACGGGUAAAUAUUCAAUGAAGAUUGCAGAGAAAGCUGCGAAGUCAAUCUUAAACAUCGAUUAUGCAAGAGCAGUCGUCUCCUUUGAUUUUGGCAAAAAUGGCAAGCAUAAUAGAACCCCAACGGCUAAGGAGGGCGGUAUCCUAAUCGAUGUCCUGAAUAAGGAGGCAAUGGUAGCUGUAAUGGACGCACUUUUGGAAGAAGAACAAGAGCGUGAAGCAAAACUUGUAGAGUUGAAUACUUUGAGAAAUUGGAAGUUUUUCUUAACAAAACUUCGUAUAUUGGACAAAUUGAAUAGGGAACAUGGAGCUAUCGAAGAUACUUCAGAUGAAGAAGAUUUAGACAAUUUUAAUGAUGGUGAAGAGACGGAUAGACAAAUUAAAGGUGGUGAUAGUAAUAAUGAUAACUUAAGUCCUAGUUCUAGCUCAGGCACAAGUGAAGCUGGGCCCGGUGGUUUUUUUGUGGAUGUUGAACCAGAUAUUCCACCCACAGAAUCAGAUAUUGGUGCCUUGCUGCGAGAGUCGCCGACUAGCCCGUCAGUAACGAAUGAUAGUCCCGAUUUUAAAGGGGGGUUCUUCACACAAGACGAUGCUGCAGCUCUACAAGAAAGGCCUCAAAUAAGGACUGAGGAAGAUGCUGAUGCUGAUGCUGAUGCUUCUUUGGAAGAAUUGCCAGAUAGUUUAUUCGAAGAAGAUGAGAAUGGAGAACUCAUCUAUAAUCCGAGGAGCGAAUCAGAUGAAGAAUCAAAUGAGAAAUUUACAUACGACCAACCUCACACUAGCGAUGAAAUUCAAAUUGCAUCGAAAUCGCCCUCGUCACUGCCAGUACUUCGUCCCAACGAGAGCGAAGAUUCAGAAGCGAGUUUGAAUAAACUGCUCACUCCCGACCUUCACCUGGAGGAUGCCCAAUAUGACUUCGAGUAUAGUGACUCGGAUUAA